GACCUUGCUCAUUUCUGAAUCAGUUAUGAAAAAAAUUAUUCUCUUUGUUUUAACUCUUGUUGUCAGUGCACAGGAACCACGGUGGGAAAAUGAGUAUGACCAACCUUUGCAUUUUACUUGUCCAUCAUACGAGUCUAUUUAUUACAUAAGCAGUACUCAUCAUAAUAAAUAUGAGGAUCGUUUAUGGAGUUUCAGCUGCAAACGCACCUUUGAAAACAUUCCAUUAUGCUCUUGGUCAGGCUAUGUGAAUGAUUUUGAUCAGCAAUUUGAAUUUACCUGUCCACCAAAUUCAGCCAUUUCUGGCAUGUACAGUUAUCAUGACAACAAACGUGAGGAUCGAAGGUGGAAGUUCUACUGUUGCAGUGAUAGUAAGAUCUGCUAUUCUAACUGCAAGUGGACUGACUAUGUCAAUGGCUUUGAUGAGCCUAUGUCUUGGACUGUCCCGAGUUCUUACUACCUUGUCGGUGCUUCCAGCUACCAUGACAACCACCGCGAAGACCGUCGCUGGAAAUAUCAGAUCUGCAUGAGACACUCUUGCUAAUUCCUCAGAGAUUGACAAGAGGGACAAAGGACAGCAACUAAAAGCUUUCAGUAUAAUAAACUGCUUAAUCUGUAAACCACAUUCAAAAUGUACUAUUAAAACAAUUA